AUGGAGGACAAUAUGUGGGUUGGGUACAGAUUCACGCCGACGGAUGAAGUGCUCGUCUGCCAUUUCCUCUUCAACAAGUUCCUCGACCAUGAGUCCUACUGUUUCGUCCGCGUGUGCCGCUCCAAAAAAGCCGGGGACGAGAGGUCGGAGCGGAAGGCUCGCGGCGGAACUUGGAUCGCCCUAGAUAAGCCCCACGAAAUACUACGUGUAGACGGGAGGGCCGUCGCAGGGAGUCGGAGGAGUUUCAAGUUCUUUGUGGACAUCGACGAUCCGACCAAGAGCGAGGAGGGCAAAAGGGUUGCGACGGGGUGGAUGAUGCACGAGUACCGCCUCCACCCCAGCAUGUACCCGCCUCAGUACAAGGAGGACGAGGAGAUGAUCUUGUGCCGAAUCCGGCAAGGGAAACAGAUCCGUGGACAGCGGCAACAACCAUCGAGUGGAGGCUUCACCGGCAGCAGAACAGGUGAUCGCCACACGGGGUUGAACACGAAUCCUAAUGCAGUUGCCUCACUUCGGAGCCGAAAUGUUCCUCGUGAUUUGUGA